UGCGGAACUAGUUUGGGGACGAAAAUAUUCUUUGGCGAAAGCACUGGGGUUACGGGCGCGAGUUUUGUUUACUUCACUACAGUUGUUUUGUAGCUUAUGUUUAUUUACUACAACAUAAUUAAUAACAGGCACAGUUUGGUUGGAGAUUGGAUAUUCAAACUGUGUAAAGCUUUAACUUAACAUGGCGAGUGACGAUGACGUGAUACGCAAACGGUUGUUGAUCGACGGCGACGGUGGAGGCGAUGAACGGAGGUUGAACGCGCUCAUGAAGCUAUUUAUUAAGUGGUGUAACUCACCUGAUCCUGAUAUAUCAACACACCAACGAAUGCUGUCGUUUCUUGCUGUUGGUGAAUUCGCUGUAGCCAAGUCAUCCUUUGUUUAUGAAAUGAAUAUGAAACAGAUGGAGAAAUAUAAACAACUACAGGAGGAAAUUGAUGCAAAUGUUUCUCUGGCCAAAAAAGAAAUUGAAAAAUGUAAAACCGAACUUGCUGAAGCUCGUCUAAUUCGAAAGAAUCGAAAAGAAUACGACGCGCUUGCUGGUGUGGUGUUGCAACAUCCGGAUAGGCAGCAAACUGAGGGACAAAUCUCUGAGUUGAAAUGUGACUUGAAAGAACUGGAAGCCAACGAACUAAGGCUUGUGGAGAAAUUGGACUUAAGGAAGAAACAGUUUCAUGCGUUGCUUACUUCCAUUAACCAUCUACAGAUAAUGCUCAAUGAAGAGGAAGAGGAGGACAAGCGAUCACUGGAUGUUGACAUGGAUGAUGCAAAGAUGGAUACUACGCCGGAAGAACUUGCGCAGAAAACCUGAAAUAUUUCACAAAAAGUUCAAUCUAUCAAUAGGAGGUUUCAAUACAGGCGUUAUGUGGCCUGUGUUGCAUCAAUUUGAAUCAUUUCAAAAUAUCAAUCAUUUGGACUUGGAGUUUUUUGAAUAAGUGGCCUUUGCUUAUGAAUGUUGGUUUUAUAAUCAUAAUGUGCCAACGUUAUGUCAUAGCCCAACUUGUGCAUAUUGCCCACAUCAUAGUUUGCUUCACACAGAGUUCUAAGUGUUUUAAAAUAACCCAAAAUGUACCAAUAUUGAACUAAUUUAUUGUUGGGUACUUGUCAGUGCUUUUCAUCAAACAGUUACUUUGUUUUGCUUACCUUAGUAAAAUUGACUUCAGAAACCUGAAAUCUGUCUAUUGAUUUAAAAUUUUACAUACUUGUUUUGCUUAGCAGUUUUUUUCAUUAAAAAAACGGUUUUUAAAAUGAAGAAAAGUGUAUGUGGCAAACAUGUUCGUGACGGAGAUAAAAUCUAACUGUCAUUAAAUAUCCCUCGGAUGUCAAA